AGAAGUGAAUGCUGUAUCAAAUUAUGAGAUACAGCUAUGUGAAUAAUUUAUUUUGCAACGGCAUUCGUUUUAAGCUAUCUUUAUUGAUUUUCAAACAGAUGACAUAGAUCUCUAAAUUCAAACAUUAUUUUUACUGUGUUACAAAAUUGAUAAAUAAUGGCAUUUUGGGUUUUACAGCUGUACAAUUGCCAUGGGAGACGGGCGCCUUGUAGGCGACAUAGGUGGCUUGUCUGCAAGCUGCUCCCUGCAUGUUGUGAGCAGUGGGGCGGGCCUGCCAAUGGAGUUUCAGACCAUGCUGCAGUCAGCGGACAUGCCUGCGGAGUCAAUGGAUGUGCCUAGUCUUCUUGUUGGCACCAGUGAAGAGAAUUGUGAAAACGAGGCUGGCCCAUUUGAAGAGGAGCUGCGCCAUGUGGGUACAGGAAAUGACUUUGACAAUGACAGUUUAAGUAUGGAGGAGGACAACACUCAAGAUCACACUGCAAAAUUACGAGAAAAUUUGCGGACCCAGAUCGCAGCAAUGUGCGAACAGUUGUCAGAGCUCGGAGAGGAGUGCAUGUUUCUGUCUCUGAACCCGGCCGACAAAGUGUGUCAGCACACUGGAUCAAUGAAGGGAGACCAGUUUUGCUUGUUGAGGCCAGGGCUGGUCAAGGACUUCACCAACUUCUGUCAGGCUUAUGAAAACCCUGGAAUGGGAAAUACAGUUGAUGACACAAGUCUCUUCCCAGACGAGAUGGAAGGAAUGUCUGACCAUAUGCAACAGGACUCUGAAGUUGAACACAGUUUGCCAGAAACUCCUGAGAAGACAACCCCAAUAGCUGUUAAACCGAAAAUAAUAGUCAUAAGGAAGAGCCAAAAAGAAGGAGGUGAGAAAGUAACGGCCCCUACUCCAUCUGUCGUUACCAUCAGGCCACUGCCCUCGACUGAUCAUGAUGAUGAUGGCGAUGAUCAGGGCGGGGAUGAGGCCCAAUCUUUGUCCGAGAAGGAGAACCAGCAAACGGGACCCAAUAUUUUAUUUCUUUGCGAGAUUUGCAAAGCGGUCUUCAAUAAUGUACAACUGUUACGGUCGCACAAGAAGUCUGACCACAAUGAGACAGACUACGUGUGUGAGAAAUGCAGCCGUGUGUUCACCCAGCAGCGAGCUCUUUCCCGUCACAUGGAGGAUGCACACGACAAGCAUGACAGGCGCUUCCUGUGUGACACCUGUGUUAGAGAGUUCAAGAGUUCCAAGGAUCUCAGCGUGCACAUUGCUGAUUGCCACAACAGCACACUGGCCAUGAAAUGUGACGUGUGUGAGCAGAUGUUUGAGGACAUAGGUGACCUGAUGAACCAUCGCAAGAUCCACUUUGACUACGCCUGCUUCUGUACCAAGUGUUGGCAGGGCUUCUUUGACUAUCUGGAGCUGGAAACACACAUCUCUCAAAACUGCAGAUACAGGGAAGCCUUGUACAAGUGUACCAUCUGCGGCAAGAAGUUCACGAAGUUAAACCUUAUUAGCAAACACAUCGACACACAUCCAGUACACGCCCCUCACGUGUGUAGAAUGUGCGGCCGUGGAUUCACCACCGAACGAGACCUCAAAAAUCACCGCGUUGCAGCCCAUAUUAUUCGACCUUACAAAUGCGAGCUCUGCGAAAAGACCUUCAAGAAGAAGGAAGCAUUGGUGGAGCAUCGCCGCAUUCAUCUACGGGUGAAAUUUCCAGGCGGUUUGAGUUUGGCUGAGUUUUCUGCACUUUUGUCGGACGAGAAGUCGACAGAUGCAAUCCAGGAUGAGGCUACUGAGUCAGUGGAGAUGAAGACUGAGUUUGCCUGUACGUUGUGUGGGAUUUGUCUCGCUUCCCAGGGCCAGCUUGACCAGCACAUGCACCGGCACGAGGUCACGGAGGAACACUACAAAUGUGACCACUGUGAUAAGGUCUUCUUUGCACUGAGUCUGCUCACGGUACAUGCCAGGAGGGACCAUAAGAUAAUUGUGGGCACUAAGGACAGUUCCUCGGCAGUGAUGGGUAACGUGUGCCAGUGGGAGGGCUGCAGCAAGGUGUUCUACGACCGGCUGAAGCUGCGACAGCACAUGAAGUACCAUGAGCAGCGGGCUGACAAGAUUGCCAGGGGCAUACCCGUCACACAGGGCAAAACACCUACCAUGUGCAACAUCUGUGGACAGGUGCUAAAGUACCGGAGCUACCUGAAGGCCCACAUGCUGAACCAUCAGGAGGCAGACAAGGUGACAUGUGAAGUGUGCGGUGAGACCUUCCCUGACAGCAAGCAACUCACAGACCAUAAACGGAGCCAGCACCAGACAGGCAAACCCUUCAAGUGCCAGUACUGUGACAAGCAGUUUGGCUCGAACGCACUCUGUAAGCAGCACAUGCUCAUCCAUACCGGCCUCAAGAAGUAUGUGUGUGACGUGUGCGGUAAGGGCUUCAUGUCCCGCAAACACUUCCACGACCACCUCCGUCUGCACAAUGGAGAGCAGCAGUACCGGUGUGACCUGUGUGGAAAGGAGUUCAUUUACUUCAGGAGCCUUGUCCGUCACAAGCAGGUCCAUGUAGACCCCAAGGAACGCCUCAAGCCAUACAAAUGUGAAUUCUGCGGCAAAGAGUACACAGAGGUUACCGGAUACAAACACCAUAUGAGAUCUGUACACACAGGUGAGAACCCAUUCCAAUGUGACCUCUGCGGUGAAAGUUUCCAUAGAAAUGACAAGUUAAAGCGUCACCUGAAGACUCGCCACCACUGCAAGGCCAACGAGAGUCUGAUGGUGACCACGCGACGCCAGUCUGAGGGUGGGCCUAUCAUCGUGAAGGCAGAGACAAUAGAGGGGAACCACAACAUGUUCCAGAUAGUGCACGGUGAUGAGGACUCCGGUGUGCGGCAGCUGCAUGUUGAUGUUGUGCAGGACGAGAAUGGAGUGGUCGGUACCCAGCAGGUCUACCUAAUUGGGCUCGGCAACCAGGAGGGAGGGGAAACAGCUUACCUACAAGAGACCCAGGUGAUAGAGGGUCCAGACGGAGUGCGCUACAUCAUCGCAGGCUCAGGGGAGGAGCUACAGGUCAUCGAGUCUCACAGUCUGCAGCAGCUUGAAGAUGGCAGUAUCGUGGCAGGUACCAUCCAGGAGGAGGAUGAGGAUAUGGUGAUCAUGAACGACGGCUCCAUACUGACACCUUCCCAGGAAACCCUCACCACGCUGGCCAACAUGGCAGAAAUAGUGCAACACCACUAGCACAUCAGCAUGCUGGCCAACAUGGCAGAAAUAGUGCAACACCACUAGCACAUAAGACUAAUUAUGAUUUUGUUUAUGAAAUAGUUUUUACCAAUUUCCAUGGCCAUACAGUUUCUGAGUGUACAUUGAACCAGCUGUAUGUAACAAAAAUCAAAAUUAUCAAAGUCUGCAACCAAUGCACUGGUAAAUUUUAAAGCAGACUCGCUCAUAUGCUUAGUUUCAUGUAGGCAGGUUUGUAACAUUGGAUGGGUCACAAGUAGUGGUAUAAGAAACGUAACUUCAAUCAGAAAGUCAGCAAUGUAGUGAUGCCUAAUUUUAGACUCUACACAAUUUAUUUUUCUCAUUCACUUAUGCGAUUAUGUUUCUGACACUUAUCUACAUAAUGUUCAAAAUUUUAAACAGAAUGCUGGUGCCACUUUUAAUUUGUACCAAUACCAUCUGAGUAUUGCCAAUCUAUAAUACAGUAAUUGUCAAAAAUGGUAAACUGCGGUGAAAUUCGACCAUGCAUUAGAGUAUAUUUCUUGAUGAAUUGAAAUUGAACACAUAUAUUUUGUAAAGAUUUUCUGUGCUUUUAUUACAUCCCUGAUUCUUCUCAUCUAAUAAUAUUGUGUAAGGAGAACUAAAAGUGAUCACAAUAUUUAUGAGCGAUUGUAUCAUGAUUGCCUAGUCUGGUUUUGGAAACAAGCAAUUUCACCGUUAUGGUAAAUAAACCAAACUAAUACUAAUCUAUAAUUAUAUUGCCAUGUGUUUUUUAGCUCGGCUGUUUUUGGAGAAAACCCCCGAGGUAUUGUCAUAGCCAGCUCGUUGUGUCAUCAGCCGUCUGCGUCCCGCUAAAAACUUAACAUUUUGUUAACCUUUUGAACGUUGUUUCUAAAAUCAAAGUUCUUCCACCUACAACUUUGAAACUUCAUAUGUAGAUGCACCUUGAUGAGUUCUACACGCCACACUCAUUUUUGGAUCACUAGGUCAAAGGUUACUGGUUACUGUGACCUCUAAAAAUCAAAAUCUAACAAGCUUUCAUUUAUUCAAAACUGCACCUGCAGCUGAGCGUUUGCACCCGUUAUGCGGUGCUCAUCUUUAAUGUUAGGAAUGAUUUUUAUUUUUUAGUGUGGAUGUGAUAUUUAUUGUGUACAUGAUAAAGUAAGUUUGUGUUAUGGUUUGUUUUGCAUCGAGUUUCCGGCUGUUACAUUAUAUAACUGAAUUCAUAUUCGGUCAUCAUAAUUUUCCCUUAUACAAGAACCAUUCAAUUUAUUAGUUUCAUAUAUAAGCUAUUAUACACAAAGAGCUCAUUUGAUUUGUUGUUGCCAGACAACUUUUGGAUGAGAGCUUGCUAGUGCUUUUAAAAAUGUCAAGUGUCGCAUCGACAUGAAGGAACAAUCAAGCAUUGCACUGAGAUUGAUUUUUAAGGUAAGGCACAGCUGUACCACUGUACUAAAACUGCCUGGGGAAAUUAUGUGUUGGCAAUGCAUGUGUGUAUAAUAUAGUCACUGAUUUUCAUGUGUAACUAAGCAUUUUUAUCCCCACGCUUUUUGAAAAGCGUGGGGAUAUUGUGGUUAUCUCCGGUUGUCUGUCCGUCCGUCCUGGCCACUAUCUCCUACACUAUUAGCACUAAAACCUUGAAACAUACACACAUGGUAGCAAUGAGCAUAUGAGCGACCCUGCACUAUUUGGAAUUUUGAUCUGACCUCGGGGUCAAAAGUUAUGGGGGUUGGGGUGGGGCCGGGUCAGAGAUUUUUACUCAUUUUUUUAGGUUAUUUUACUAUAAUUUCUUCAUUUCUACACAGAUUGUCUUCAAAUUGAUACUGAACCUCUCUUAUGACAAUACGGUCAAUCUCAACUAUUUAUGGCCCCAUUACCAACCCUGGGGCGCCCCGCCCACCCAAAAUUGCAUUUUACUAUAAUUUCUUCAUUUCUACACCGAUUCACUUCAAAUUGAUACUGAAUUUCUCUUAUGACAAUAUGGUCAAUCUCAACUAUGUAUGGCCCUAUUACCAACCCUGGGGCGCCCCGCCCACAUAGGCCACGCCCACCCAAAAUUGCCUUUUACUAUAAUUGCUUCAUUUCUACAAAGAUUCACUUCUAACUGAUACUGAACUUCUUUUAUGACAAUAUGGUCAAUCUCAACUAUGCAUGGCCCCAUUACCAACCCUGGGGCGCCCCUGGGUCAAACAUGCGGCGUGGGGAUACGCGUCUGCCUCUACCGCGUCAUUUCUAGUUUUGAAUAAAAUAGUUUUUAAGCAAAAAUGUGUUAAAUUGUUACAUUUUAUUGUAGCCUUUGUAUACAUUGAUAAUUGUGAAUGGAUUUGUCAAGAAUUAUUGAUUACAUGUA